AGCUACAGCGUUGACAUGCCGGAAAUCCGCCUCCUUCGUGUCGUGUCCUGCAGCAGCCAGGAUUCGACGCACUGUGCAGAAAACCUCCUCAAGGCGGACACUUACCGGAAAUGGCGGGCAGCCAAGGCCGGCGAGAAGACCAUCUCCGUGGUCCUGCAGCUGGAGAAGGAGCAACAGAUACACAGCGUGGACGUUGGCAACGACGGUUCGGCCUUCGUGGAAGUGCUGGUGGGCAGCUCGGCCAGCGGGGGCGGUGAACAGGACUAUGAGGUCCUUCUGGUCACCUCCUCUUUCAUGUCGCCUUCUGAGAGCCGAAGUAACUCAAACCCCAACCGUGUUCGCAUUUUUGGGCCGGACAAGUUGGUGCGGGCAGCAGCUGAGAAGCGCUGGGACCGGGUCAAAAUUGUAUGCAGCCAGCCCUACAGCAAGGACUCCCCCUAUGGCCUGAGCUUUGUUCGGUUCCACAGCCCCCCAGACAAAGAUGAGGCAGAGACCUCAACUCAGAAGGUGACCAAGCUUGGCCAGUUUCGGGUGAAGGAGGAGGACGAGGGUGGCAGCUCCCUGAGACCAGGAGCUCUCUUCUUCAGCCGAGUUAACAAGACACCCCCAGCUACGACCAGCAACCAGGCAGGACCCAGCUACGCGGCUGCUAUGCUCCAGGCUUCUGGCACUGCCUCCUCAGUCUCCAUGGCCUCCAGGGCUGUAGGUAGUACCACUAAGCCUCAGGAAUCCCCCAAGGGGAAGAGGAAGUUGGAUUUGAACCAAGAGGAACGGAAGACCCCCAGCAAACUGUCCACCCAGCCCUCACCACCAGCCUCCAAGAGAACCAAAUUGCCACCUCCCUCCCGUAGCCCAGCCUCGGCCUCAUCUCCUGCUCCAGCACGUGGUCCAGUGGCAGGGAAGCCCCGGAGAGAAGGCACUGAGCCCAAGAAACCCCAAACUGGUCCUCAGGAGCUGGGCAAGAUCCUUCAGGGUGUGGUGGUGGUGCUGAGUGGCUUCCAAAACCCCUUCCGCUCAGAGCUCCGGGACAAGGCCCUGGAGCUGGGGGCCAAGUACCGGCCAGACUGGACCCCGGACAGCACCCACCUCAUCUGUGCCUUUGCCAACACCCCCAAGUACAGCCAGGUCCUGGGCCUUGGUGGCCAGAUUGUGCAUAAAGAAUGGGUGCUGGACUGUCACCGCAUGCGCCGGCGGCUGCCCUCCCGGAGGUACCUCAUGGCGGGGCCAGGCUCGAGCAGUGAGGAUGAGGGGGAUUCUCACGUUGGUGACAGCAGCGGGGAUGAAGCCCCCAAGCUUCCUCGUAAGCGUCCCCAGGCCAAAAUUAAGUCCCCUCAGACAACAGGACCUAGCUCACCACAGAGGUCCCCAAGCCCUGAAGAGACCAAGCCACCCACACCAGGGGGCCAGGAAGAAGAUGAAACUGAGGGGGAGCAGUCAGGACAGGACAAUGGGGCGGACGAUUCUGGGGACACGGAGGAUGAGCUGAGGAGGGUAGCUGAACAGAGGGAACGGAAGCAGCCCCCUGCCCAGGAGGAGAAUGGGGAGGACCCCUAUGCUGGCUCCACAGAUGAGAACACAGACAACGAGGAACCCCCCGAGUCUCCCACCCUGCCGAUUCCUGAACUCCCAGAUUUCUUCCAGGGCAAACGCUUCUUUCUGUAUGGGGAGUUCCCUGGGGAUGAGCGGCGGAUGCUUGUUCGAUACGUCACAGCCUUCAACGGGGAGCUGGAGGACUAUAUGAGUGAUCGGGUCCAGUUUGUGAUCACGGCACAGGAGUGGGACCCCAGCUUCGAGGACGCCCUGAUGGACAACCCCUCCUUGGCUUUUGUCCGCCCCCGCUGGAUCUACAAUUGCAAUGAGAAGCAGAAGUUACUCCCCCACCAGCUGUAUGGGGUGGUCCCCCAGGCCUGA